AGCACAGCAGUUGCUCUUGUUCAGUUCGGUUUUUCUCUCGUCUCGUUAGGCAAAUGUUGGAGUCAAGUUGUGCAAUUCGUUUCAGUGAAUCUAGAUUAGGAACAGUUUUAAUUUCAUCGAAAACUGCUUGAUAGUGAUUAAUUCAACAGACAAGAGCAAAUCAGAUUGAAAUCAGACAAAUCAUUGAUGCCUGCAUGGAAUAAUGGAGAAGGAUAAGAGUGAAAGAGAUGAGGGGCUCCCACAUCCGAGGGCGAAAGCCAACUUUCUGUCCGCUGCUACUUUCAGCUGGACCUUCCCGAUGUUUCGUUUGGGAUAUAAAAGAGACCUGGAGGUGACGGAUUUGUAUGCAACACUCAAAGAACACUCAUCGAAUAAUCUGGGAGACAAAUUUGAAAGGAAAUGGAACGAGGAAUAUUCAAAGGCAACCAAGAGAAAAAAGGAGCCCAGUUUGACGAAAGUUGUGUUCUCUGUAUUUGGAGGAGACAUUGCUUUCUUUGGACUCUUUUUACUUUUCAUUGAAGUAGUUGUGAGGGUAGCCCAACCGCUGUUACUAGGCAGACUGAUCAGAUACUUCACACAGAAGCAGAUGUCUGCAGAGGAGUCAGGGCAGAUGGCCGCAGCACACGAACUGGUGACGGAGCGGGACGCCUAUCUGUAUGCAGUGGGGCUGAUUGGGUUGUCUACACUUUCCGCCGUCUUGAUCCAUCUGUACAUGAUGGGAGCCAUGCAUAUCGGCAUGAAGAUGCGAGUCGGGCUGUGUUCGCUCAUCUACAGAAAGGCACUGCGAUUGUCGAAAACGGCACUGGGUGAGACAACAGUGGGUCAGAUUGUGAACCUGUUAUCGAACGACGUGAACCGGUACGACAUCGCGUGCAUAUCCACGCACUACCUAUGGAUCGGGCCACUCGAAACUGUCAUUGUCACCUACUUCCUCUGGCAGGAGAUCGGUGUUGCGUCGCUAGUCGGAGUGGCUGCACUACUGGUUGCCAUCCCGUUGCAAGCCUGGCUUGGAAGGAAGAGUUCCGUAUACCGUUUGCGAACAGCCAUCAGAACCGACGAAAGAAUACGACUUAUGAACGAAAUCAUUUCUGGCAUUCAGGUCAUCAAAAUGUACGCAUGGGAAAAAUCUUUUGCCAACAUGGUUUCUAAUGCUCGCAGGAAAGAACUGAACGAAAUACGCAAAACAUCUUACGUGAGAGCCCUGUUGUUAUCAUUCAUAAUUUUCCAUUCAAGACUGGCUGUAUUCAUGAGUAUUCUCGCCUAUGUUAUCACUGGGUCGAGUAUUAAUGCUGAAAAGGUGUUUACUGUGAUUUCGUUCUUCAAUAUCUUGCGCCAAACCUUGACAAUAUAUUUCCCGCAAGGUAUUGGACAGAUUGCCGAAGCUAUGGUUUCAACCAAACGAUUACAGAAAUUCAUGAUGUACGAAGAAAUCCAGGAUACUUCGUACACUUGUGCAGCGACAAACAGCAAUUCCGAGGACAAUGGCAAACAGAUGAAUGAUGUGGACAAGACAAAGAGCGACAACACUAAGGAGAAUGGGACCAGUAAGGAGAACGGACCAAUGGGGGUUAGUGUGACCAUUAAUCCCAAGGAAUCGGGGGAAGCCGCCAUUGUAAUGGACAAACUCACUGCAAAAUGGACACCGGAUCUGACCGAGAACACCUUGAAUAAUAUCAAUCUCAAACUGCCGCAUGGCAGUUUGAUGGCUGUUAUUGGAUUGGUCGGGGCUGGCAAGUCGUCGCUGCUGUACGCGAUCCUGCGCGAACUGCCGCUGUCGUCCGGUUCGCUGACUUUAAACGGCGGCCGACUGUCGUACGCGUCGCAGGAGCCGUGGCUGUUCGCGGGCAGUGUUCGCCAGAACAUUCUGUUCGGCGAGCCGUACGAUCGCGAACGCUACCGGGAGGUGACGCGCGUCUGCGCACUGCGACCCGACCUGGAAAUGAUGCCCUACGGCGACAGGACGGUGGUGGGCGACAGGGGUGUGUCGCUCAGUGGCGGCCAGCGCGCCAGGAUCAAUUUGGCCAGGUCAUCGUCGCUGCUGUACGCGAUCCUGCGCGAACUGCCGCUGUCGUCCGGUUCGCUGACUUUAAACGGCGGCCGACUGUCGUACGCGUCACAGGAGCCGUGGCUGUUCGCGGGCAGUGUUCGCCAGAACAUUCUGUUCGGCGAGCCGUACGAUCGCGAACGCUACCGGGAGGUGACGCGCGUCUGCGCACUGCGACCCGACCUGGAAAUGAUGCCCUACGGCGACAGGACGGUGGUGGGCGACAGGGGUGUGUCGCUCAGUGGCGGCCAGCGCGCCAGGAUCAAUUUGGCCAGGUCAUUUAUGUUUUUUCCAGGUUACUUGAAAAACAAAACACGGAUUUUGGUGACUCAUCAGCUUCAGUAUUUGAACAAUCUUGAGCUCAUUAUUAUGUUGGAUAAUGGGAACAUAUUAGCGCAAGGCAACUACAAACACAUUCAGUCAUCAGGAAAAGAUUUGGCCAAUCUGAUGGCAAAACAUACGGAGAGUGAUGACUCUGAUCCUAGCAGUAGUCACGUUCAGAGACGGUCCUCAGUCCAGAGUAUCGCAUCGUCGCUGGACGACUCGAAAAUGCAAGAAGAGCCGCCCGAAACAAAGGAGACUCACAGCGUCGGUACAGUGAGUGGAAGGGUGUACAAGAGCUACAUCUCUGCCAGCGGAAACUUCUUCAUGGUCAUUUACUGUCUGCUGCUCUGCAUUCUCACACAACUGUUUGGAUCUGGAGGCGAUUUCUGGAUUACUUACUGGGUGAAUCUUGAAGAACAGAAACUACUUCGUGAGCAGCAGGGCGUUGAUAUUCAUUUGAAUCUGACAACAAAUUCAACAUCAGAAGUGACCAAAUCAAAUAACGGGACGUACAUUUAUGCUGAUGGAGAUUACCUACUGAGGACCACUCCUUGGUUCGACUUGACUCAGCGGACCUGCAUGUAUAUCUUCACGUUUUUUAUCGCAGGUGUUGUUUUGGUGACUCUGAUCCGUUCGUUCACGUUUGUGCGCAUGUGCGUAAGAGCUUCCAUGACUUUGCAUGACAACAUGUUCAACUCGGUAACUCGCGCUACUAUGAAAUUCUUCAAUACUAAUUCAUCAGGACCUAUUCUGAACAGAUUCUCAAAAGAUAUGGGCUCGAUCGAUGACAUGUUACCAGGUGCUAUGAUUGAUUGUCUACAGAUUGGCUUGACGAUAGUGGGUAUUAUAACAGUGGUGGCGCUCAUCAACUAUUUGCUGUUGAUACCCACGUUUGUGAUUGCCAUCAUAUUCUACUAUUUGCGACGUUUCUAUCUGUCAACGUCCCGCAGUAUCAAGAGGCUUGAGGGAGUCACUCGCAGUCCUGUAUUUUCGCAUUUGACUGCUUCCCUGCAAGGACUGUCCACCAUAAGAGCGUUCAAUGCUCAGGAUAAACUAAGAGAGGAGUUCGAUAAUCAUCAGGACUUGCAUUCGUCAGCUUGGUACAUGUUCGUAGCAACAAGUCGCGCCUUUGGAUUCUGCCUGGACCUUUUCUGUCUAAUUUACAUCAGUUUGGUGACUUUGAGCUUUCUCCUACUGGGAACUGAGACUUUUGGUGGAAACGUGGGUCUGGCUAUUACACAAUCAGUGGCCCUAACUGGAAUGUUCCAAUGGGGAAUGCGACAAUCGGCCGAAUUGGAAAACCAGAUGACUUCUGUCGAGAGAGUGCUCGAGUAUACCAAUCUGGACAGCGAGCCUCCUCUCGAGUCUCCUCCAGAAAAGAAGCCACCUCCAACGUGGCCAAGCGAAGGAAAAAUCGAGUUUUCGAAAGUUUAUCUGAGUUAUGUGGAUGAAGAGCCACCGGUGCUCAAAAACCUCAACUUUGUCAUCAAAGCUGGAGAUAAGGUGGGAAUAGUAGGUCGUACCGGCGCUGGCAAGUCGUCGCUAAUUGCGGCACUGUUCCGUCUGACUCCAACCAGCGGUGACAUCCUCAUUGAUGACGUCAGCACGGCUCAGCUCGGUCUGCACGAGGUGCGUUCGAAAAUAUCCAUCAUCCCGCAGGAGCCGGUCCUGUUCUCGGGCACCAUGCGCAAGAAUCUGGAUCCAUUCGGCGAGUAUCCUGACAGUGUGCUGUGGAAUGCUCUCGAAGAGGUUGACUUGAAGGAUGCAGUGUCCGAAUUGGCUGGUGGAUUGCACGCGAAAAUGUCGGAAGGUGGAACUAAUUUCAGUGUCGGACAGAGACAGUUGGUAUGCCUGGCCAGAGCCAUAGUUGGCAACAACAAGAUACUAAUCAUGGAUGAAGCUACUGCCAACGUUGACCCACAAACCGACGCUCUUAUUCAAAAGACAAUUAGAAGGAAAUUUACGAAUUGCACAGUUCUGACCAUCGCUCACCGACUUAACACUAUUAUGGACUCCGAUAUGGUUCUAGUUAUGAGUGCUGGAUCUCUUGUUGAGUACAAUCAUCCUUACCUUCUUUUGAAAAAUUCUGACGGAAUUUUCUUCAAAAUGGUUGAACAGACUGGAAAAUCAACUGCCGAAGCUCUGCACAAAAUUGCUGCUGAAUGUUACAAAAAAUACAUAGAUGAGGAUGAUGAGGAUGAUAUCUAUAACAAACGAGCCAGCAGUGUAACAGAUCUUUAAUUUGUACGAGUUUUUCUCGUAUUACUGAUAAUUAAAUAAACAACCCCUAUUUUCACUGGAAAGUGUACCAAAACUUGAAAAAUACAAAAAUAAAAACACGUGAUGUUUUGUGAUUGUAUUUGUACAAUGUGAUAAGGAAACUAAAGAAUAUUGUUUAAGAAGAGUUAGUUAGAUCUCUUGGUUCGGUUCUUAUAAACUAUAGGGAUACAGUAUAAGGUUCACUACAAACUGUCUGAAUAUAAAGCAGUGAUUUCAUUAUUUGAAAGUGAUGCUGACAGUUUGUAAAAAAUCACACUAUAUUGCCAAUAAUUUUGGCAAUAUUUUUCAUGAUUAUUAGUAAACGUUUAUCUUUUAUGUUCCUCCUUAUUUUUCCAAUAUGUGUUUAGUUUCUUCAGUCGAUUCUCAUUUUAUGACUUAUAUCCUAGAAAAAAUGAAGAAAUUGUUUAUUUCUUAUGCAAAAAAAAAA